AUGGCUCAGGAGCUCGCGCGCGAGAGCACCGAGGCGCUAAAGGAGGAGAAGGCUAAGAGAGCAGAGGCAGAGCGGUCGCAGCAAGAGGCAGAGCGGAGGAAGCAAGAGGCUGAACGAGACAAGGCGAAGGCGGAGGCGGUGGGCGUAGAUGAUGGGUGCUUCCUCGCUGCUGCUGUUUUUUUCGCCAGCAGCAGGAGGAGCACUGCUUCCUCCAGCAGGAGGAGUCCGCGCGGUCCCACCGCCCGGCGGCUGUUCGAGUGAGCCACCAGGCAUGUUUGCUAGGUUGCGGACGGCGCUAGGGUGCCGCUAGGGUGCCGUGUGCAACCUCCACGGCACGGCGGAACGCGUUCACACACGCUUCGCGCUCGCGGGGCGUCAGGUGUUUUUUGGUUCUGGCGGGGUUCUUCGGAACGUUCGAUGUGAUUUUUUUGGCUCGAGCGAUUUUCCAUCUGGAAGAUCCAGGACACUUUUCGAAAAUUUUUCCUAUAGGAAAUUUGACCGAUUGGCACCCCUAACUGUUUCCGUGUUUGCUAUGUGUGAUUGAAGAAAAUUCCCCAGCACCAACAGCAGCAGUUGAAGACAAGAGCACAACGCAAUGUCUAGUUUUGGACCAAGAACGGACUGAACGCCGCUUCUGCCGCUUGUCCAUCUCCACAACAGAGCUGGACGUGAAACUGGCAGGUCUUUCUAGCGUUCUCAGUGAUGUUACAGCGCCCGCGGUGCGCUUGUCCGAUGCUUCUGUCAAAAACACGGGUCCGUGAAAGUAUAGUCCCCAAAAUUCCGGCUCCUUCUUUACACGUUUUCGGGGAAAAACGCCUCCAUAUUCGUUCAAGAACACACGCUUCCUUGAAAUGCUCCGUGAUUUUGUGGUCGUCAAUAUUACCCCUUAGCAACGCCGUUUUAGCACUGGUUCUACAGCAGUGAAACAGGUUGACUGAGGUACAGCAGGGCAGAGCCGAACUUGUUUCUUGUGCUCAAUGCUCCGGAACUGGUCUGUGAGGUUUGCUUUGACUCCUGGGUUAUCUUU